GGGCUCUAAUGGGGAGGGAGGAAUAGCUUAGUUCUUGUAGGGGGGUUUGUUUGGUGGUUUCUUUUGUUCUUGUGGGGGUUUUCCCCCCUUUUCUGCACCACUCUCCUUCUCAAAGGUAAAAGUAAUUCUUUGGCCUGAGGGAGUCUGUAGGGUUUUUGGUGCUUUCAAGAGUUGCACCGGCCACCCUAGAUGGAAGCUGAAGAGGGCUCCAGCGUUCCUAAAGCAUUCUGAAACUCUAGGCUGAACCGUGUGCUAGUUUGUAACAGUUCUUAAAGAAAAAUGAAUACUGCCUCAACUUCAGAAAGUGGAUCGUAUUCCACAAACCACCCAGGACCCUUUAUUUAUGCUCAGUCAUCAGCUCAACAGCCUUAUCCAAAUCCAUGGUGCCUCAGUUAUGCAUACAGUCCAUACUGCGUACCUGCUCCAGGCUUCCGGAGUGGAAAUCCAUAUUUUCCAUUUUAUUCUGUUGCACUCCAUGAGUACCCUAGAUUUUUUGUCCCACAGCAUCCAGUGCAUGCAAGAAUUAACAGAAGGCCUUAUUUUAAUGCUGCCCCAUCUUCCCCUAUGUUUUAUCAUGCAACAAGAUUUAGGCAUUACAAUAGCUCUGGGAAGAAAAUGGAGACAAAAGAAACACAGACUGAUCCUAGACAGCCUGAAAGCAAGCAAAAAAGGCAUCAAGAUAUCCGUACAGAAACGAAAGGUUGUGGUGCAGGAAAUACAGCCUGUGUUUCUCCUGGUAUAGGUACAGAGACUGAAACCACUUCAGAGAAACGAGAUUCGUUUGGCUCCUCUAUUGUGGUAGACAGAGAGUUUCAUAACAAGAGCCCUGCCAGCUCUACACAGUAUAGAAAUCUUCCUACUGGAAGCUAUGCCUUUGAGAAGGAGGAAGUGAGGAUAGAAUAUGGAAAUGGCUCUCCAGCUAUUCAGCUGUGGAAGUCCUUUAAAGAAACAAUCCCACUGUAUGAUGCGGCAAGUGGUAAACCAGUUCCAGAGAACAUACUGCCACAUGACUUAUUUUCUCUUAGCUCAUGUGAAGGCUUGCUAUAUGGCCCUCAUGAAGGGGAGAAUAUGCUGCCAGGAGCUUCCUUAGAUGAGAGAAAAGCUGUUGUGACCUCCAAACAGGGUGCUGAAGCUGUGCAAGAGAAAGAUGUCCAAAAUAAUGAAGUUGAGCUGGAUGCAGAAAAGAUGGCAAAAUCCCCCCCAGGUGAAACCAUGGCAGUGCAAAUCACAGAGUUGGCAAGGUCUGUUGGUGUAGAUCAACCAGUGGUAAUAGCUAAGAAAUCUAGCACUAAAAGGGCUGCAGGAUCAAAAACUUCUCAAGAAGAGCCUAGCUUUAUUCAACAAGCAGGACUACUUCCAUCUAAUAUGGAGGUAAUGAGUGACUUUCAGCAGAAAAAGCUGAAUUUAAGCCACAAUGCAAACGGUGAAAGGCAGACAGAAAAAAGUAUUUGGUGUGACAAAUCAAUUGAGAAGUUUGCUCCCUCUAGCAGCUGGCUGGCUUGUUUGGACAGUAUGGACACAAACUACAAUGCUUGUUUGCCACAAAGGAAGUGUCAAAGUGUAAUCAGUCUGUCUUCUGAUGACAUGUCCUCUGGAGAGGAAGGCUCAUCAACUGAUAAUGCCCCAGUGUCUUAUUUUGUGCCUGACAAUGUGCUUCAGAAAAGCACAUAUACUCUUCAGAAAAGUACAGACGGCUUAGAGCAAGUUAAAGGUGGUGGAUCCCCUAAUGUAGAUGAAGCCGUAGGAAAGGAGCAGGUGAACAGCCUCAAUGACCAAGAUGUCAACUCUUCAAACACAAAGAUCAAAGAGGCUUCUAGUAAAGGCAGAAAGCUGGGAGCCCUUUCUAGGUCCUCUAGUAGGAAAGAAGUUGAUUCUCCCAGCAAAAAAGCAACUAAGAGUUUGUCAGAAGUUGAGGACUCUGAAGAAUAUUCUGUGAAGGGAGAAGAGGAAGAUGAAGAUGGAGAGGAUGAGUAUGAGGAUGACGAGGAUGAUGACAUGGACGAAAUUGAGUAUUUCUUUCAAGAAGCCCCUCCAUAUUGCAUCUUGAGGCCAAGUAAAGGAAAUUUCUACCAAGUUGGCCAGAGAGUGCUUUGGAAACCAUCUACAAAUGCUGUACCAGCGCAAUUAAUUAGCUGGCCGGCUCAAGAGAAAAUAAAAACUAGGAGUGGGCUUGUUGAAAACAUUGGUGUAGUUUAUAAGCCAAAGAAGAGAGAACAAGAUGAAGUUGUAUACAGUGACUAUGGGUAUUAUGGAAGAAAGAGGCCUAUGACAAGAAGAGAAGGACUUGAACACCAGCGAAUGCUACGGAAAUUCUUGAGAGGAAGGCUGUUAAGAGAGAAUAUGGGGAUACUACCUGAAGAGUACUGGAUUAGAAGUGGUGCCAAACCCAGAUUUACCAGCCAAAUAUGUGGUAGUUUCUCACCUCCAGCAAGGAGCAAAGAACAAGUGUGCCAACCUUUGGUUAAGCCAAAGAAGAGAAGAAUGGGCAAGCCACCUUCAAAACGCAGAGAUGCGAGACAUGAGAUGGAAGAAGUAGAAAUGUGGGAGCUGCCUAAACACAGCACACAAAAAGGGCAUGGAACAAAGAAGUCCCUCUCUAAGAAAAGAUAAUUGCAAAUAUUGGGGCAGAAGUGAGGGGGGAAUAACAAAGGUUUUUUUGUAUAAAUCCAAGAUUUGAUUAUUAUUCUAUUAUAUAUUUUGUAAGUUGCUGUUCACUCUACAAGGGCAAGAAGUGACACUGUGAAGACUGAGGACACAAUUGAAAUGGAAUGAAGUAUUUAACACCAAAGUCACCAUUUUAUAAUUGGCACAUCCACUAUUUAAAUAAUAAAUUUCAUAGAAUUGCA